CAAGGGAACCGGACGCAUGCGUAGCGGUGACGGCGGCCCCAAUGAUGGCGCCUCAGAGGUUUCGGGUGCUGCGCUGCUGCAGCUGCCGCCUCUUCCAGGCGCACCAGGAGAAGAAGAGUCUCAAGUGGACAUGCAAAGCUUGUGGAGAGAAGCAGUCAUUUUUGCGGACUUACGGUGAGGGUUCCAGUGCUGACUGUAGACGCCAUGUCCAAAAAUUAAAUCUGCUGCAGGGACAGAUUUCAGAGAUGUCACUCGGGUCUCUGGAAGAACCUGUAAAUGUUGAUGGAGAGGAAGACACAGGGCCCCAGCAGGCCGACCAUGCGGGUCCGCAGGAAAAACCUCAGUCCUCACAGAGCCGCUGGCUGAAGUAUCUGGAAGGAGACUCAGAAGAACUGGGGAUGGAAGGAGAGUGUUUCAGGAGACAGCCCUUGUCCAGGACAGAGCAGCUGGACCCUCCCUUCAACACAGGCCUGCCUAGAAAAAGGAAACGGAGCCAGAGCACAAUCCACCCUUCCCGCGGCCCUGAUGUCUGGAACCCGAGUGACUCCGAGGUUCCCUCGGAGCCUCAGAAGGACCGCACCGGCCUGAUGGGGAAGGUCCAAGAGGAAAACAGUCACAAGGACACCAGGGAGCUUUCCAUUCCUCUUGGGGAUCCUGCAGGCCUCGCCCAUGUCAGGACCACGUCUUCCAAGUGGGAACGAUUCCUUCUGCCACCUAGCCACAGCCCACGUGUGGACAUGGAGCCCCCAGUCCCCCUGCACAGAGAUCCCAGGCCAGCAGGGGUGGCAUGGGCUGAACAGGGUGCCCUUAGGGCCCAGACCCCAAGGGAAGUGUGCCCCAGCAGGCCCCGUGACGCACCCGAGCUUCCCGGGCCCACACAUGCGCUCACAUCCGGGUCCCAGAGGCCCUGCGUAAAGACCCCCGAACAGCCACAGGACACUGGUCCUCUGGCAAAGGGUGGGCCCCUGGCCACAGGUAUACAGGAGCCCCCAUUUGUACGACUAUGUGACCUCUUUAAAACUGGUGAGGACUUUGAGGACGACUUGUGAACUCAAACUAGUCUUAUUAACACAGACAUCUUUGCUAGGAGCGAAUCAGACCUCUUGGCCACUGGAAAGGGGGCUCCCCAGGUACCUUUUAAAUAGUUCCCAUAAAUUGGGGCACCUGGCUGGCUCGGUAGGAAGAGCAUGUGACUCAAUCUCAGGAUCAUUAGUUCAAGUCCCACAUUGAUUGUACAGAUUAAAUACUUGUUUUAAAAAGAGUUCCCAUAAGUCAUCCCCAGUCCUGUCAAGAAUGAAACACAGGGCGCCUGGGUAGCUCAAUCAGUUAAGCGUCCAGCUUCGGCUCAGGUCAUAAUCUCACGUUUGUGGGUUCGA